AUGGAUAUUAUAAAUCAUUGUAAAAUAUAUAAGUUAUCAAAGUACUAUAAACCAUACAAGUAUACAAUCACCAACACUUCAAUCAAUUCUAAUCCUACUACUUCUGUAAAUAUUAAAAUUUUAUCAGCUUAUCAUCUUCAUAUAACAUUGAAUACAUUACUUGACAAUGACUAUAAAGAUAUUAUACAAAAAGAUAUAAUACAAAAUAAUAAGGAUCUUACCACACCUACCGUCAAUUCAUCGGACAAUCAUACUUUUACAUUGGUCAUAGAUAUCUCUUCACAAUGGUAUAAACUUUGUAAUAAUGUUGACAAUAACAUUAUCACAAUAAAUGAUGCUAUUAUAUUGAAUACCGAUUAUGGAUUAAAAAAUUAUAUUCAAAAUAAUAUAUUAAAUACCGAGAAAUUUUUACAAAUUGUAUCAAUUAAAAACAACAACAACAAUAAUAAUAAUAAUAGUGGCAUUCCAUUGCGUUAUAGACAGCUUAAAUACGUUAUAAUAGAUAAUAUAUCAUAUAUAACAACCAGUAGUAAUAAUAAUAUUAGUACCAUGACAUCCUUAAUUGAUGACUUGCAUGCCACUUAUGGUUGUAUUAUCAUCACGGUAGGAUUUGAUGUGGAUUAUUUCCACACUGCGUUUGUAUAA